AUGACACGGACUGGAGGUAAUUUGCGGGACUGGGCUGUUUGUCACGGCUCGUGUUGGUUUCUGAUUUUCACUGGGUGUGUGUUGGUGGCCUAUUCAGCCAAACCUCGGGCACCUGGACACACACACCUGAACUCCAUCCGUAUUGAUGGAGACAUCACUCUGGGUGGACUGUUCCCAGUGCAUGCACGUGGGAAUGACGGCAAAGCCUGUGGAGAGUUGAAAAAAGAGAAGGGUAUCCAUCGUUUGGAGGCCAUGCUCUUUGCUCUGGAUAGAAUCAACAAUGACAAUGAACUUUUGCCCAACAUCACGCUCGGCGCACGGAUCCUGGACACCUGCUCGCGGGAUACACAUGCGUUAGAGCAGUCGCUGACGUUUGUGCAAGCUUUGAUUGAGAAGGACAGUUCGGACGUGAAAUGCCUCAGCGGGGGGCCACCCAUCAUCACUAAACCAGAGCGGGUUGUGGGCGUUAUUGGAGCGUCAGCCUCCUCCGUCUCCAUUAUGGUGGCCAAUAUCCUGCGACUCUUUAAGAUACCUCAGGUGAGCUAUGCCUCUACAGCCCCAGAGCUGAGCGACAACACCCGAUAUGAUUUCUUUUCCCGCGUGGUUCCUCCUGACACUUACCAGGCUCAGGCCAUGCUGGACAUUGUCAAAGCCAUGCACUGGAACUACGUGUCCACCGUGGCAUCUGAGGGAAACUACGGUGAGAGCGGAGUGGACGCCUUCAUCCAGAAAUCCCGCGAAGACGGAAGUGUGUGCAUUGCUCAGUCUGUGAAGAUUCCUCGAGAACCCAAACCUGGAGAAUUCGAUAAAAUCAUUCGCCGACUGCGGGAUAACCCAAAUGCUCGAGUUGUUAUUCUAUUCGCCAACGAGGAUGACAUCAGGCGACUCCUGGAAGCUGCUAAAAAGGUGAACCAGACAGGCCACUUCCUGUGGGUGGGCUCAGACAGCUGGGGAUCUAAAAUAUCUCCAGUGCUGAACCAGGAGGACAUGGCGGAGGGAGCAGUCACUAUCCUGCCCAAACGGCAGUCUAUUAAAGGGUUCGAUCGCUACUUCAUCAGCCGAACGCUUGACAACAACAGGAGAAAUAUCUGGUUUGCAGAGUUCUGGGAGGACAAUUUCCAAUGCAAACUCAGUCGUCAUGCACUCAGGAAAGGAUCAGGAGUCAAGAAAUGCACAAACCAUGAGAGGAUUGGGAAGGACUCAUCAUAUGAACAGGAGGGGAAGGUACAGUUUGUGAUAGACGCAGUUUAUGCCAUGGCCCACGCACUGCACAACAUGCAUAAAGACCUGUGUCCAGGUAGGAUCGGACUCUGCUCCAAAAUGGAAACCAUCAAUGGCACCCAGCUCCUCAAAUACAUCCGCAACGUCAAUUUCACUGGUAUUGCUGGUAAUCCUGUGGUCUUCAAUGUGAACGGGGACGCUCCUGGCCGAUAUGAGAUCUACCAGUACCAGAUAAAUAACAACACAGCUGAGUACAAGAUCAUUGGCCACUGGACCGAUCAGCUCCAGCUAUAUGAUAAGAACAUUCAGUGGCCAGGUGGAUCUCGCCAGGUGCCCACCUCCAUAUGCAGCCAGCCGUGCCGCCCAGGAGAGCGUAAGAAAACAGUGAAGGGUAUUCCGUGCUGCUGGCUCUGUGAACGCUGUGAUGGAUACCAGUACCAGGCUGACACCUACACCUGCAAGAUGUGCCGUUUUGAUCUGCGGCCCAACGAGAACCACACAGCGUGCCAGCCCAUACCUAUCGUUAAACUGGAGUGGAGCUCACCCUGGGCAGUGGUGCCUGUCUUCAUUGCCAUCCUGGGCAUCAUGGCCACGCUGUUUGUGGUUGUAACCUUUGUUCGUUAUAAUGACACGCCCAUCGUUAAAGCCUCUGGAAGAGAGCUGAGCUACGUCUUACUAACAGGAAUCUUCCUUUGUUACGCCACCACUUUCCUUAUGAUCUCAGCACCUGAUGUGGGCAUCUGCUCUCUCCGCCGGAUCUUUCUGGGCCUGGGAAUGAGCAUAAGCUAUGCUGCGCUUCUUACCAAAACAAACCGCAUCUACCGAAUCUUUGAACAGGGCAAAAAAUCUGUUAGCGCACCGCGGUUCAUCAGCCCAGCUUCCCAGCUGGUUAUCACUUUCAGCCUGAUCUCGGUGCAGCUGCUGGGAGUUUGUGUCUGGUUUGUUAUGGAUCCUUCACAAGCUAUCAUUGAUUAUGAGGAUCAACGCACAGCUAAUCCAAAGCUAGCGCGCGGUGUGUUAAAAUGCGACAUCUCUGACCUGUCUCUGAUCUGUCUGCUGGGCUACAGCAUGCUGCUCAUGGUAACCUGCACCGUUUAUGCCAUUAAGACCCGUGGAGUCCCUGAGACCUUCAAUGAGGCCAAACCUAUUGGCUUCACCAUGUACACAACCUGCAUUAUCUGGCUAGCCUUCAUCCCUAUCUUCUUUGGCACCUCCCAGUCCACUGAGAAGAUGUACAUCCAGACAACGACACUGACCAUCUCUGUGAGCCUGAGUGCCUCUGUGUCUCUAGGAAUGCUCUACAUGCCUAAAGUCUACGUGGUUCUGUUCCAUCCAGAGCAAAAUGUUCCCAAACGUAACCGAAGCCUGAAGGCAGUGGUCACCGCUGCCACCAUGUCCAACAAAUUCACCCCGAAAGGUGGCCUGCGACCAAAUGGGGAGGCCAAAUCAGAAUUAUGUGAGAGUCUGGAGACACAAGCAUUGGCCUCGAAGCAAACAUAUAUUAGCUACAGUAACCAUGCUAUUUAA